GAGACGGCUGAGGACCCUGGACUAGCUGCAGGGACCCCCUGGACUGAGCAAGGAACUCCGCUUGAACCCAUCCACCCAUCAUCCCCCCCUACCCGUUCGCCUCCCGCAGGGCCCCACCCUGCAGUUGAGCUCCACCCCAGCUCCUUCCCCAGGUGGGAAGUUGGGGGUCGGAGGGGUCUGUCCCCACCACGGCCAUGUUUAUCACGGUGAUGUUCGGAGCCGGCUGCUGGGAGCUGGUGAACACCUGGUGUGGCCUCGGGACCCUCACCGCCCACCUGAGGCAGAGGGGCCAGGUGCCCCCUGACGCGACCAUUGCCCUGCGGGCUGAGGAUGGGCACCUGGUGAGCCUCGCGGAGGGGCUGGAGGAAGGGCCUUCCCCGGCGCCCUCCGUGGCCAGCCCCCGCUGCAGGAGCGGGGGACCUACGUCCUGGUGCCGAUCAUCAGUAAGCGGGGUCCAGGAUCUGUGCCCCCUGCAACGUCCAGAGUUGGGGGGGCGGGUAUGGACCACCAGCCUGCCAGUGAUCAGACUCCCUCCCUCCGCAGAGGGGGAGGGAGGGGACCCCACCCGCUAUGAGUCCCUCCUGGAGAACCUGGAUGGGCAGCGUCCAGAGCUGGCCGGUGAGUGUCACUCACACGGGAGAGCCUGGGGGCGGGGGCGCCUGCCCACCUGCGCCCUCAGGCAGGGUUUCCCGGGCCUCACAGAGGAGCUGCGCUGGCGGUUGGGCCUGCUCCCCGAGGGCGACGGCCAGAGGCGGCGCCUGGGCACUCGGCGUGGCCACCAGGAGCAAGGCCCUCCUUCUCGGCCCCGAAGGGUGGGCUCCCUGCUGUCCAGGACCCAAGAGCUGGGGCCUGGAGCCAGGUGAGGAGGAGACACGGACCCCGGGGGACUGCUCGCACCCAGAAAUGGGACCCCCUUCCCAGGGGACAGAUGUGCGUGCUGAGAGGUGGACCGCGAUGCCAGCCUCCCUCGGAGACACACGUAAAGCCGCCUGGCGGGACACACUGUGCCCAAGGGCAGGUCGCUGGUGGCUCGCUGACCGGGUACGUGGAACAGGGCCUGGCACACAGAGGGUGCUCUGUGUGGAGACAUUGAAUGAACUCAGCAGAGGCAGCAGCUCCGAGUGCUCGAUGCCGUUUGAAGGGCCUGCUCCUCUGUGCCGGCAGGCCCUGUGACCUGACACAUCACGGCCAAGCGGCCGAGCUGGACUGAGAUCCAAGGGGGCUGGCCAUGACCUCCGCUCCUGUGGUUAGGUGCAAAGGCCCGAAGCAUUCCUCCUGCUGAAUCUGUGAUUAGGGGGAGAUUGCAUCAGCAAGAGGCGCAAGGUCACCGACGGAGCGUGAGGCCACGGAGACGAAAAGGGUGGAGGGGUGGUGCUCCUUGAGAGGAGGUGGCACGCUCCUCCAGGGUCUCCAGCUGGCCGGAGUCAGACGCCCUUGAGGCUUGAGGUCAGCAGUUAAUGCCUCACCGUCCGGUCUGCGCUGCCUGUUGGAUUACGCAGGAUGACAAGGUCGCCCUCCCCACCAGGGACAGCAGCUGAAGGGGCGGCACCCCACCCUGCAGUGGGAC